AUGGCACUAAGCCUCACUGAGGAGAUGGCAAGGGACCAGGACUUAUGGCGAUUUGCUAAACUUCUCAAGAAAAAGAAAGCUGCUAGGAAGCUUGAAAAAAAACAGGAAGAAGAAAGGUUAUAUGAAAUUGAACGUCAACGGGUCAUUGGAGAAAAACUGCCUGAAACUGCUGAUGAUUUUGACCGUCUUCUCCUCCAUUCACCAAAUAGUUCUAUGUUGUGGCUACGGUAUAUGGCUUUCCAUUUGGAAACAGCUGAGAUUGACAAGGCACGAUCCAUCGCAGAGAGAGCUCUGAAGACCAUCUUAUUCCGGGAAGAGCAAGAGAAAUUUAAUGUUUGGAUUGCUUACCUGAACCUUGAAAACUUAUAUGGAAACAAAGAGAAUCUAAAUGCAGUUCUGCAGAGAGCGCUACAGCAAAACCAGCCUCUGAAGGUUUACCAACAACUUGUGAAUAUAUACAUAAAAUCAGGGAAAAUUCAAUUUAGUUCACUUUAA